AUGGCCGCCCCCCCCAAAGACGACAUUGCUUUGGCGACGGUUCGCGAGGAUGAUCUGAAAGCAGCGCAGGUCGUCGAGGUGGCUGGCGGCGUUGCAAGAGCCGAUGCUAUGGAGCUCGUCUGGGGAAAGCAUGGUAAGAAGUUGCUGUGGGCCGGAAUCGUCUGUAUGCUGCUAGCAUAUCAAUUCGACAAUGCCCUUCUCUACAAUUAUCGUAACUACGCCGCAUCCGACUUCAACAAUGUAGCCGGUCUUGCAACUCUCGCUACAGCCGGCAACAUUGUCUUUGCAGUCUUCAAACCACCGAUCGCCAAAGUGUCGGACGUCGUAGGUCGAGGUGAAGCUUACGUCUUCUGCAUUUGCUGCUACUUGCUGGGCUACAUCUUGUGUGCCUCGUCUACGAGUUUCGGAGCUUAUGCGGGAGGCUUUGUCUUUGCCAAUAUCGGCCAGACGGGCGCCAACAUCCUCAACGAUAUCAUCAUCACCGACAUUUCUUCCAUGCGCUGGAGAGGCUUCGCCAUUGCCGUCUCUUUUACCCCAUUCCUUGUAACGCCCUGGAUAUCAGGGUUCAUUGUCGAGCAUGUCGUGAGUCCAGAUGGCAUCGGUUGGAGAUGGGGUAUUGGAAUGUUUGCGUUCAUCAUGCCUAUCUGUGCAACGGCCCUGCUCUUUCCUCUGUUCUCUUUCCAGCAUCGCGCAAAGAAACAGGGCGUUAUCCUGACACAGCCUAUCUCGGUUCUGGAAUUCUGCUCGCAAGUUGACCUCGGCGGCUCAUUUCUGCUCUGCGCGGGCUUCGCCAUGUUCCUCUUGCCUUUCACGCUUGCAGGCUCGACGCCUAGCAGAUGGCAGACCCCUUAUAUCAUUGCUCUGAUUGUUGUAGGGGCGAUUACAUUGAUCGCGAUGGUUCUCUACGAGGCAAUGCUGGCUAAGCACCCAAUCUUACCUGCACGAUACUUCCGAAACCUCUCGAUAGUCAUAUGCUGCUCCCUGGGCUUCCUCGACACCUUAGGGUUCCAGUGUACUCAUGUGUACCUCUAUACCUUUGUCACUAUCGCCCAGAAUAUGAGCCCUCGUAACGCCACGUUUCUCAACUACACGAACGGUGUCGUGCAGUGCCUAUUUGGCAUCCUUGGAGGUGCCAUCAUGUGGAAGACCAGGAGCUACAAGUGGCUGAUGGUGAUCGGUACGGUGAUCAAGCUCGUUGGCUUCGGAUUGAUGAUCAGGCUGCGAGGAUCUUCUAACUCAUGGGCUGAGCUAUUCAUUGUUCAGGCUGUGCAGGGAGUGGGCAGCGGCUUCAUCGAAACCAUCAUCAUUGUGGGCAGCCAGAUCGUAGUCCCACGUGUUGAGCAAGCUCAAGUUACUGCGCUGGUGCUUCUGUUUGUGUUCCUAGGCGCGUCGGUGGGCACAUCUGUGGCUGGAGGGAUCUAUUCUGGCAACUUCAGAGAAGCCCUGGAGCAACGACUGGGUUCUGCUUCGCCAGAAGUCGUCACCGCCGUCUACGAAUCGAUCACAAGUGCUCAAAUCCCAGCAGACGGCACGGCAGAGCGAGAUGCUGCUAGUCUGGCGUAUAGCGACGUGCUGAGAUACAUCACCUACGUGGCAGUCGCAACGUCGGCGUUGUGUGUUGUGAUUGCUCUGUUUCUGCCAGAUCAUCGGCUGCGCGAUGGAAAGACUCUGGUCAGUGGCGUGCAGGGUACGGAUGUUGAGCGGAUAGAAAAUGGGCGUAGGUAG